AUGACCAUUUUGCAAGAUCCUUCUCUGACAGCCAACCGGGCCUUUGUGCUCCAUCCCGGAGGGAAGUUCACUUAUGAACAGCGCGCCGUUCCUGAUCUCGAGACCGAUCGCGAUGUAAUAGUACGAAUUGUUGCGACUGGCCUUUGUGGUUCCGAUGUUCAUUACUGGCAACAUGGUCGCAUUGGACAGUAUGUCGUGGAGAAACCAAUCAUCCUAGGCCACGAGUCCUCCGGGAUUGUCGUGAAGUGCGGUAAAAAGGUUACCGACCUUGCAGUUGGUGAUCGCGUGAUGCUUGAGCCUGGCGACUCCUCUCCUACGACGGAACCCUCGCCAAAUACUACCGCGCCCCCAGCGAAUGCUGCUAUAAACUGCCGUCCCAUAUUUUCUCUCCGCGAUGGCUCUAUGAUCGAGCCUUUGAGCGUGGCAGUGCACAGCUGUCGACUUGCGGGAUCUCUGCAGGAGAGCUCGGUUGCGGUUUUCGGGGCAGGACCAGUCGGAUUGCUUUGCUCUGCUGUUGCACGCGCAUUUGGAGCUUCGACUGUGGUUGCUAUUGAUGUCGUUGAUAGCCGCCUUGCUUCUGCUUUGAAGCAUGGUGCUACCCAUGCAUACAAAAUGGACACUGAAUCUCCAGAGAUCAAUGCGAAGGGAUUGCUGAGUUCAGUCGGGCUGGAUUAUGGAUUUGAUGUUGUUCUAGAUGCAACCGGUGCCGAGCCUUGUCUAUCCUGCGGCAUCCAUGCUCUUACUCGAGGGGGUACUUUCGUACAAGUUGGGUUGGGCAACCCGAAUCCCUCUCUGCCAGUCGGUCAAAUUUGUGACAAAGAGGCCGUAUUCAAAGGAAGCUUUCGCUAUGGGCCUGGAGACUUUAAAAUGGCGAUUGAUCUGUUAAACUCGCGUCGAGUCAAACUUGACGGGCUCGUUACCCAUGAGUUUUCAUUUGAAGACGCGGAGGACGCGUUUAAGAAUGUUGUUGGUCGCGCUGGAAUUAAAAGUGUUAUUUAUGGACCUGAUGUUGACGAGAACGAGGCGAAUAAGUUCAAUUAG